GGGGGGGUGUUGGUGCGGUAGGGAGAGUUAAUGCGAUGGACGGAGAGAAUGGAGCCAGUGACCGGCCCCGAGACAUAAUGGGCGCUGCAGCUGAUUAACGAGAAGGCAGAGCCCCGGACAGCGGUUCAGGCUCAAUACUCUGACUGAAUGGAUUUCGUCACCACACUUGUAUUACUCGGUGUCCAGGUCUUCGGGUCCUGGGGCUGCCUCGCGGGAUGCCGCUGCUACAGUACCACAGUGGAAUGUGGAUCUCUGGGUUUGACGGCAGUUCCAACCAAUAUCCCUGCUUUUACCCAGACCAUAUUCUUGCAAGACAAUAAUAUCACUCGCAUCAGCCGGAAGGACUUUUCCCAUCUUACCAAGCUCCAGAACCUCUACAUCCAGAACAACAGCCUGGACACCAUUGAGGCAGGAGCCCUGACUCAGCAGUGCUCCCUGGUGGAGCUUGCCCUCAAUGGCAACCGGAUCCAGCAGCUCGACCGCAGCAUCUUCCAGGGGCUGGGGCACCUUCGGGUCCUGUACUUGGCAGCCAAUCAAAUCAGCCGGCUGGCAGGCUUCACCUUCCACGAACUUCAGAGGCUACAGGAGCUGCAUCUCCAGCAAAACAACCUGCAGUCCUUAGACGAACAGGCUUUUGUGGGGCUCUCCUCGUUGGCCUUGCUGGACCUGAGUGACAACUGCUUGCAUACACUGCACCAUGCAUCCCUGCAACCCCUGAGGAGCCUGCAGGAGCUGCGACUGAUCGGCAACCACUGGCGGUGUGACUGCAGCCUGCACUGGCUCAGGGCCUGGAUCGUCAGGGAAGGCCACAGGCUGUUGCUGGGCAAGGCCCUGGUGUGUGCCGAGCCACCACGGCUGGCCGGCCAUAGCUUGCCGGACGUCCCCGGCACCAGCCUCAUCUGCAUCCCGCCGUCAAUUCAGCUGGACCGCAGUGAGGCGGUGGCCCGGCCAGGGGAUGAACUUCACGUCACCUGCCGGGCCUCCGGUUACCCACCACCUGUGCUGGGCUGGAGGAGCCCAGGUGAGGCUCGGGCGGUGGCGAUGGCUCCUCCUCCUCGCUCCAGCGGAAACUCGGCUCAGCUGGUGUUGCGCAACGUGACGGCCCCGCAGGCUGGCAGCUACAUGUGUGAGGCCCACAACGCCGGCGGGCGGGCUGCCGCCACCUUCACCCUGCUGGUCAACACGUCAGGGCCGCUCAGGCCCGCUCUGCCACCGGGCCUCAGCCGGCAGCCACUGUCAGAGGGUGUGGACUUUGGUGCUCUGGGCACCGCCAGCCAGACCGGCAUUGCAGCUGGCAUUGGCCUGCUGGCUCUCACCGCCCUAUUGCUGCUGCUGGCUGUGAUCUGGCGGAGGCGCGGCUGGCGGGACAAGGCGGAGUGGGCUGGUGCCGAGGGCCCGGGAGCGGUGGGUGGCCUUUACCUCAAUGACUACUCGGACGGGCCCAGCACCUUCGCCCAGCUGGAGGAGUACCGAGAUGACGCUGGCCGGGAGAUGUUCGUCAUCGACCGCAGCAAGAGGGACAUCCGCACCUACAAGGACGCUGCCGAGCCAGGCAGGUUACUGCAGCAAUCGCCACCUCAAGACCGGGCCACACAGACGGCUGAGGCCGAGGUCCGGAAGCCACAGCAGGCUGAUGUCUUCGAGAACCGCGGGGCGGUGUUCAAGGAGGAGAUUGAGUAUGAGAUCCAUUGCUGAGCUCGACCUCCGGGGGCUAAAUUGUUUUGCUGGAGUCCAAGGAGUGAGGCCUCUCUGUGUGCUCACACAGGGCACACAGAGAGCAAGGUGGACCGAGCCAAUGUUUAUCCCUUUUUAAAACUCUUUAAACAGCAUUACGGACAAGUUAUUUGUCGUUAGCUCACUACCGGAUCUUGCUGUGCUCUAGCUAGCUGCAACCCUCACCCCCUAGUCUGGCCUUGCGAGUGCUUGGUCAGUUGUUGAAGAUCCUGAAACGUCCAGCGUCCAGGAGAAACGGGGUGAGAGCCAUGCACAAUCUGCUGGACGACCUGGGCUGUUUUUGCAGCAUCUACGGAGGGACAGAUAAUGUGCUGGAGGAACUCGGCGGGUCAACAACAUCUGCAGAGGGAAUUGGACGGUUAACAAUUGGGGUCAAGACCCUUUAUCUGGACCCCAUCUCCCUCCACAGCUACCACCCAGCCCACUGAAUUCCUCCAGCAUCUUGAGUGUUGCUCUGGAUUCCAGCAUCUUUAGAGAAGGUGCCGAGGAGAUUUACCAGGAUGUUGCCUCGAAAAGAGAGCAUAUCUUAUGAGGAAAGCUUGAGUGAGCUGGGGCUUUUCUCUUUUGGAGCGAAGCAGGAUGAGAGUUGACUUAAGAGAGGGUUACAAUUUGAUAAGAGGCAUAGAUAGAAUGGAUAGACAUUUUUCCAGUGAGGAAAUUUGAGCGGGCAUAAUUUGAUUGCAUAAAAGUAUAGGAGGGAUGUCAAAGGCAAGUUCUUUACACAGAGAGUGGGGGUGGGGUGUGUGAAAUGUCCUGCCAGAGGAUGGUGGUAGAGGCAGAUAUAUUAUGGAUAUUUAAGAGCCUCGUAGAUAGGCACAUGGAUGAAAUAAAAAUGGAGGGUUAUGUGGGAGGGAAGGGUUGAUCUUGGAGUAGGUUAAAGAGUUGGUACAACAUUAUGGGCCCAAAAGGCCUGCACAGUGCUGUUUUGUUUGAUGUUCUGUCUUCUAUCUGCAGUCUACCGUGUCUCAAAACAAGAGGCCACAUCUUUCUAGAGCUGGGCCAGAAAAUCAAAGCAAAUUUAUUAUCCAAGUACAUAUACGAGAUUCCUUGAGAUUCAUUUUCUUGCUGGCAUUUACAGGAAAAUAAAGAAAUACAAGGGAAUUUAUGUAAAACAUUUCAUAAAGAAAGAUGACCUACUGAAUAUUGAAAGGCCAAGAUAAGAAUGGAUGUGGAGAGGAUUUGAACUUUGGAGACUAAGUCGUUGGGUAUAUUCAAAGUAGAAGUUGAUAGGUUCUUGAUGAAUCAGGGCAUCAAAGGUUACAGGGAAAAAGUAGGAGAAUGGGGUUGAGAGGGAUAAUAAAUCAGCCAUGAUGGAAUGGUGGAGCAGAUGCAAUGGGGCAAGUGGCCUCAUUCUGCUCCUAUGUCUUAUGGUCUUACACUGAAUGCACUAUAAUAGGCUCUUCCUAAAGUAAAUUUGGUUGCUAAUAAAAUAGUGUUUUUUUUUUCAUAAA